AUGGAGCCCAUCUCUACCUGGAAUCCCAAGAUGGUGGUGGCCUGGAUGAGAGAAAACAAUGCUGCCCUUUGUGAAUUUGCAAGCAAAGGAAUGAAAAUGGCAAAGGUGGCCAGGGGGGCGGGGGAGGAAAGGCUGUGGCUUCCUGGAUGGAAGUUUGCAUAUAUUAAAAGUGCUGCACAGCUGGUCAUUGCUGAGCAGUGUCACCAGAGCCGGCAAGCCAAUUCCGUGAAAGAAAAGAAGCUGAAGUGUUUCUGUCCCUGUUUAGGACUGGAUCCGGCAUUGCAAGACUACCCAUUUGAGACAUGGGGCUUGACGGGAAAGGCACUGCUUCGUUUGUCUUACCGGGAUUUGGAGGAACUGGGUGUGAGUCGUGUCGGUCAUCAGGAGCUGCUUCUGGAAGCCGUGGAGCAUCUCUGUGUAUUGAACUAUGAGCUGGAAACGUCCAACCUGCGGACGCUCACUGAGAAGCUGCAAGGGGUCAUUCAGACACUCCAGGCUUUCAUCCUGAGCCGCAGGAAAGUGAGCACCUACAAUGGGAAUUCUGCUGAGAGGCCAUCCUCGGGCCUCCUGGCUUGCGUUGCAGAGCUGAUUGGUGCAGCAAAAGGAUUCUUCCUGUGGAUCAACCGGUAUCUCUUCUCCCAUGUAAAUGAUUAUUCGGCCAGCCAAGAUGUCAUUCAGCUCUGUGGAGAACUGGCAGAAAUUGUGCAGAAGGACUGCCCUGCGUUCGAGAGGGAGGAUCGGAUUUUGUGGAUCGGACGACGCAUCUCAGGCAUCUGUGAGCAGAUUCUGACUUCCAGCCCGGCUCAUCUCCUCGAUCAAACUGCCCUCUUGGAGGCGGUGGAGCUGGUCCCAGCGGGGCCAGAAGACACCCUGGGCAUUGAAAUUAAGUCCUCGCCCUCUUGUCUUCACUUCAUCUCAGGAACAGCUCCAGAAUCCCCGGUUGAACGCUACAGCAAGGUCCUCCCAGGAGACGAGAUAGUGCAGGUCAAUGACCAAGUGGUGGUAGGCUGGACCCGGAUGAAUCUGGUGAAGAAGCUACUCGAGACGGCAAGUGGAGUGACUCUGGUGUUGAAGAAACUCCCGCUUGUUUUUUCAGGGUCCCCCGGUUCCCCUGGAUCAUCUCUGCAGCAGGCCCCGGACCAAUUUCCGGAUGCUUUGGAGUCCCUGAGCCCGAGGAGUGAUGAAUUUGCAACACAUUCUGCAUCACCAUCUUCCAGCAUGACUUCUGAGCUAACGGGGGGCCAGGAUUUGGUGUCCGAUUUCCCUGCUGAUGAAGAGGAGCAGCGAAGAAGAGAUUCACGGCAUUCUGCUGGCAGCACCUGUGAGCUUGCAGAGCACCGUUUUGGAGCAGGGGCUGAAACUAUGCCUGAAGGGCAGGGCCUUGAAGCAGAUUCUGAGGAGCACAAGUCCCCAGAUGCUGCAACUCCUACCCAACCCAGUAUGUUGGAGCUCGGACAACAGGGCUCCUCAAGCCCAGGGAAUGGAUUUGUCCGGGGAAGCAGGGGUCUGGGUUCUUCAGACUCUUCCAAAGAGGGUAGCGUUGACUAUCGGCGAAAGCAAAAAGGAAUGUCUACCAGGCUAAGCCGACGGCGCAUCUCCUGCCAAGAACUGGGCCAGGUGGACUGCGACGGCUGGCUCCUGAAGAAGAAAGACCAUGUGGGCUUCAUGGCCCAGAAAUGGAAGCGGUUCUGGUUUGUGCUGAAAGGACAGACCCUCUACUGGUACAGCAACCCCAAUGACGAGAAGGCUGUGGGGCUAAUCAACGUGUCAGCUUAUAGGCUGGAAAGCACCCGAGAACAGAAAAAGAAAUACGUUUUUCAGCUCACACAUGAGAAGUACAAGCCCUUCAUCUUUGCAACAGAAACUCUGGCUGACCUGAGCAUGUGGGUCAGUCGUUUGAUUACUUCAAUGAUGAAAUACACUCCAGUUCAUCAGAAUGUUCCACACAGGCAAGAAGACUGCUACAGUGAAACAGAAGCAGAGGAUCCUGAGGAUGACUCUCCCAGGCACAGUGCUGAUCUGCCAAAGCGAAGGGAGUUGGAGAAAGAUCUACUAUUAACAGGUGCCACUAGGAAUAAUGACUCCCCAGGUGGGAGCCCCCUGUCUAGCCCCCUCCCCCAACCCAACAUGGAUGAGAGCACGGCAUCUCCCUCUUCAACAGAUUCUGCAGGAGAAGAACUUGAGUCGCUGUUCAAGUGUCUGAAACUAGGUGGGGUCUCUUUCAUUGGGAAGCAGCAGGUGUUCACCCGUGAAUACUAUCGGAAAUCCUUCAUCAAGCGCAACAAAAACCCGGAGAUCAACGAGAAGGUGCAUCUUAUCCGGACCCUUCAAAGCACACUUAAGGCAAAAACAGCUGAGCUCCAGCUACUUGAUAUUAUCCUCACAGAUUCUGAACUGACAUCUGAGAAAUUCAGGCACUGGAAGGACUGUCAUCAGGAGUUGUACCAAGAAAUCCAGGUGUGGUGGGCCAGGAAGCUCAGCCAAGAGAAUGGCACAAGAACAGGUGCUGUCUCAGGCAUCAAGCCGGAGGAGGCAGCUGCAGCUCCAUAAACUCUGUGGGCAGCAUAUACAGACUGUGGGAUUAAAAGGCAGCGGUGCAGUUCACUGAUUGUGGAUUUACAGAGGCCGUUCUCUUUUGAUGGUACCCUGUACUGCUUCACCCGCUUCAGAAAAUAGCAUGCCAGCCCUGCUGUGUUUGGGCCCAGUUCCCUGGAUUCUACCCCACUCUAAACCACAGGCUCCAGAGGUCCCUUCAGCACUGGCUGAAUAAUGAAGAACCCACUGUCAAACUGGGGGAGAAAGGUGCUUGGUUUGUUUGCAUAGUGGGCAUUUUUAUUAUAUUUUUAUACAGAGACAUUCUGACAGUGCAAAAAGAAACCCAAGGAAGCACUCCGCGGUUAAUCGCACAUUCUAGACGAAAGAUUCAAAUGUGGCUUGCAACAGCUUCCUUUCCUUUCAGUGCUCUUUGAAAAAAGCAGUACCCCAACACGUUUCAAGUUGAAACUCUUCCUCAGGUGUAUUUAAAAACUAAAAAGACAUAAUAGCAAAUCAGAAGUUUUAAAAUGUUCUAUGACAACAGUUUUUGCUGGGUAUGAGGUUUGGUUAACAGAAGCAUAAUCAACAUGUAAACAUAUGAUGUUUACUAUUUUUACUAAUAAAUGGUUACUACAGGUUUUUAAAAAUAUACUUGCAG